UUGGAACUUUACUACGAAAUAAGUUAAGAACGCAAGAGAAAAAUAUUUUGGAUACGCCACUGUAAGCGAGAUAUUAUAUAAUGAAAUAAACAGAUGGACAAACAUACAGUUACACGAUCUUUCUAUCCCACUUUCUAUUCUAGAUUGAAAUCGAACAUUUUUAUUUGGUUAUCAGUCGACUAAAAUGUCUACAACAUCAAUCCAUCAACAUUGACAAGAAUCAUCGUCAUCAAGUGUACAUGAAUGUCGUGAACCAUCAUCAGAAGAACGACUUCAUAUUUUCAAUAAUUUAACCAAAUUUAUUGAAUCUAUUCAAGUAGUUUUUUUAAGGAAUUGCUUUUAUCUGUAAGUGGAAAUGAAAUUCGAUUGUACAGUAGUGUACCAAUUUUACAUGAUAAAAUUUAAAUGGAUGUUUUGAGAUAAUAUAACUGGUAUUUUAUAUUUUACUUUAUUUGUUUUCUUAUUUUCAGAUAUUGUGUCACAUUGGAUAUUAUUCAUCGUCUUUCAAAAAACUACUUUGGUUAUGAUGUCUGUUAUUACGUCAAUAUAGAUGACGUUGGUGAAAAAGCAAAUUCAUUCUUAUUUAUCCAUUAUAUUUUAUAUUGGUUUUUUCUAUUUUUCUAUUUUAAGAUUGUCGAUUUAGCUGAUGAAAAAAGUUCAAAAUCAAAAGCUUAAUUGAUAUCUUCAAAGCAUAGUUAUUUAAAUUUUUGUGAUAUCAUCAACCACAUAGCAUUCAAAAGAAACGGUUCAGAAGAAUGGACAAGCAAUGACGAUUCGUCUUAAUUAUCAUAUAAUAAUUAAUUUUUUCAUUUAAUUGAAUUGAAAAACGUGUAAAUAAACAUUUAGAUUUUUAAUUAAUUACUUUUAGAUAAAUGAUGCAACGACAUAAUUCUAAGAACAGUAUUACAUGAAUUGGAUCAUCAAGUCGUAUUGGUGAAAAGAAACCAAAUCAGCAUAAAGUUUAGUUCAAGGUAUCAGUGCACCAACUGGUGCAUAUGGUUGUGGUGAAUGCGAAAUUAAAGGAAUAACCGUAACUAUCAAUUCAAGAUCACGAAAAAAACUGCGAGUUUUUCCUCUUGUAUCUACAGAUCAACAACAACCACGUUUACACACGAAUAAAACGUAUGAUACACUUAUAAAAAGACUCACAAAGAAUAAUUCGUUAAAAUAUAAUGAACUACGUGAUCGAUGUCGAGGUCACAUAAGUCCUUGUGUUCUCCGUGAACUUGCUCAUUUUGAUAAUGGUACAAGUUUCGUUGCUGAUUCUUUGCACAAUAUUUUAUAA